GCCGGGGAAGUUGCUGCGCGGCGGGGAGGGAGCGGCGGGAGGAAAAUGCCGCAGCUGGGCAGCGGCGGCGGGGACGACCUGGGCGCCACGGACGAGAUGCUGGCCUUCAAGGACGAGGGCGAGCAGGAGGAGAAGAUCCCCGAGAACGCUUUCACCGAGCGCGACCUCGCCGACCUCAAGUCCUCGCUGGUGAACGAGUCCGAGGGCAGCGGCAGCCCGGCCGCCGCCGCCGCCGACCCCGAGGCCCUCCGGCGAGUGCAGGAUCCGCAGAGAGUUUACCAGGAGAAGCUCCCGGACCACAUGGAUGAUGCAGGUAUGAAACAUCAGGACCCAGGGAUGUAUAAAGGAUCUGCAUAUUCCGGCUACCCUUUCCUGAUGCUCUCAGAUCCGUAUCUGCCAAAUGGAUCUAUGUCACCUCUGUCCAACAAAGUUCCCGUCGUGCAGCCGUCCCACGGAGUCCACCCGCUCACCCCGCUCAUCCCGUACAGCAACGACCAUUUCAGCCACGGCUCCCACUCGCCCCACCUGCCCGCUGACAUCAACCAGAAACAAGGAGUGCACCGUCCUUCCCAGACGUCAGACAUCCCUGGUUUCUACCCCCUGCCCCCUGGAGGAGUGGGACAGAUCACGCCCUCGAUGGGAUGGCAGAGCCAGUCUGUCUAUCCGCUCCCGUCAUGUGGAUUUAGACAGCCGUACUCGUCCGCGCUUUCUGCUGGGGCUUCUUUCUCCAGGUUCACCCACCCGCUGAUGCUGGGCUCUGGCAUGCACACCACCGGCAUCCCGCACCCCGCCAUCGUGCCCCACUCCGGCAAGCAGGACAUGGAGCACUAUGACCGAAACAUGAAACCUCAACCAGAACCAAAGAGAGAGAAGGAAGCCAAGAAGCCCACUAUCAAGAAGCCCCUGAACGCUUUCAUGUUGUAUAUGAAAGAAAUGCGGGCAAAAGUCAUCGCCGAGUGCACCCUGAAGGAGAGCGCUGCCAUCAACCAGAUCUUGGGAAGGAGGUGGCACGCGCUGUCCCGGGAGGAACAGGCCAAGUACUACGAACUGGCUCGCAAGGAACGGCAGCUCCACAUGCAGCUCUACCCUGGCUGGUCUGCCAGAGACAACUACGGGAAAAAGAAGAGACGAACACGGGAAAAGCAGCAAGAUUCCAACUCAGAUCCUGCCUCUCCUAAGAAAUGCAGAGCUCGCUUUGGCCUCAACCAACAAACGGACUGGUGCGGCCCGUGCAGGAGGAAAAAGAAGUGCAUUCGGUACCUACAAGGAGAAGGACGCUGUGCCAGCCCAGUUUCUUCCGAUGGAAGUGCUAUAGACUCGCCUCCAUCCCCUCCGGACGCACUCCGAUGCCUCCCCUCCGCCUUCCCGUCAGAGCAGCUCGCAGCCCCCGCCGACCCCGCGCACCGCGACCAGCCCGACCCCCGCCCGGUGCCCGCGCAGCUCCCGCCCGCCUCCGGCCCCUCCAGACCCGGCUCCGGCCCCUCCAGACCCGGCUCCCGGCGCUCCGCGGCCGCGUCCCCCGCGCACAGCCGCGCCCCCGCGGGGACAUAGUCCCUGCCCGCCCGCCCGGCUCCUCCGGACAAGGACCAGGGGCCCGGCCGAACCCCCAGCUCACCGUCAAACACGCAACGGGAUGACCCUGAGGAUGAUGGAAAAACUCCUCUGGUUGGGGUUGGUUGUUUUUGGAGGGGGCGGGUGAUAAAGGUAGAAAAGCGAUUUCAAAAAAAAAAAAAAAAUUUCAAAAAUAAGUACUUGCCAAAAUUUAAAGUGCUAAUGAGUAAACAAGCCUUUUGUCCCUGCCCUGUGCUGCUUUUUUUGUUUUGUUUGGGGUUUUGUUUUGUUUUUUUACUGCAUUAUCUGGCAGUGUGGCAGAGAGCAGAGCCCAGUCCCCAGCUUGCUGCUGUAGGUGGUAGGUGCUGUCCAUCUAACCCUGGCUUCCAGCCCUGCCCUCUGAGCUGCUUCAAAGUGUAGUCACUCACGGAUCUCUCCCAGCCAUUCCACCAUGGAGCUGGAAAAGCUGGAAUAGGAGCGUUUUUUAAAAGCCCUUCUGUCUGAAAAGUAACUGUAGCGGUGCCAGUGCUCUGAUCUGACCGGGUUCAUAAAGAAAUUAAAUACUUCAACCAACCAGGGGAAUUUUUUACACUUCUUGUUUGAGAACAGGAAGAUACUGUUUACAGGCAACACAGACGUGUCCCAUUCCACGGUGGUGCAGCACCAGCAGAAGGAGCAUGGACUGACCCCAGGAAGGGCUGAUGGUCACUGGGGGCACUGGUCAGGGGCAGGGUCUCCCUGGCUGUUAGAGAUUGUCUUCUGCAGAUGAGGACCGUCAGAAAUCCCACCAGACAGGCUGGGCAAAGCCUCAGAAAUCCCUGUGUUGAUGCUGCAGGCCCUGACUGACUGUGCCCCCCCCAGGGGCGGCCCUGGCAGGGUGGGCCCUGGGAAAGGCCCUGAGGAUCCCACUGGCCCAGGCGGCCCCUCCUGCUGAGCAGAGGCUCUGGGGAGAGGGGUGAGCUCUGCCCCAGCACAGCUCUGCCAGCCCCGGGACAGCAGCACCGCCCUGCCCUUGGCUGCAGGCCAAGUCUGUCCGUGCCCUCGGUGAGAUCAGAACCCUGCUUUUCAUGAUUCAGUGUGUAACUUUUUAAAAAACCGUUAUUCUAGCUUUUUCUGAAAGAUUCUCCCUCCACCCCCAUGACGACACCAAAUGUUGAUGUGUUCUCUCCAGCUUGAAAACGUUUGCCGGUUUCUGGUGUUGUAUUUAUAUUUUGAGUUUGAUAAACAAAAAACACUGUGGACGGAUUAUGAUCUCCCCGAACUGGUGUAAAUCCCAAAUAAUUCCAAGUUCUGGAUUUACUUCAGGUUUACAGACUUCUCACAGAGGUCACAAUCUAGUCCAGUGCAAUUUUUUUUCCUGCUUGAAAGAAAUAUAUUCCAGACUGCUGAAGAGAAAAAUGACACCACACAAAGGAAGAGGGGGGUCUAUUUUUUUCCUAUUUGAUAGAUAGGUUCUGGAGUACUGAAUACAAAUUAUGUAGUAAUAUUAUUGUAGAACUGCGAGAAAUUUAAGAUGACCUUUAUAAUGUACAAAAUAUUUUUAUAUUUUUUUCCUUAACGCAAAAACACAAACCCUAAUUUUUUACAUUGGACUAAACAUAACUUUUUAAACAAGUUUACGCCUCAAAGAUUUAAAAUUUAAA